AUGAGAAGAUCUCGCCAAAAUUUCGCCAACGAAAAAGAUCCCGAAGCCUCGACUUCAGACAUUGCUGUUUCUGCUUUUUGUGAAAACACACUUAGACAAGAACAUAUUUGUGAUGAAGCUGCAAAAAAUACGAGCACCUCUCCAGUAACUUCAGCCCAACUCGAACAGCCUAAAUCCCGCAAGAGAAGGGCAAGCGACAACUUAAGUGAUAACCAAGAACAAACCUCGAAGAAAGCAAAAACGUCUUUAAGCAUUGAAGAUUCGCCCUUGUUAUUCCCAAUAGAGCCCGAAGGAAAAUCUCGAAAUCUUCCUGUCAGUGAUCACACCGUGAGAUCUUACUCUACUUCAGAUCGUGAUAACGUGACUGAGCAACGUGAGAAAAAUUCAAAUUUACUUAGUCCAAUGAAAGAUUGUUGCGAAGAUUCUGAGAGGAAGACAACAAAUCAGAACGCUGAAAUUUCGAUGAGUUCAACAGAGGAUGGAUUAACAACAGGAAGUGAUACUGAAGUUUCACCUUUGCUGUUUCCAGAAGAAACUAGUGAAAAAUCUACGGAAGAGCCAACCUGUAGUGCCAGUGUCAGAUUGUCUUCCAAUGAUGAUGUAGCCAUAGCUUUGUUUCAAAAUGACGCUGAGACUGUUGUCUCGUGCGUUGAUAGUGGCCGAGUUGGAGAUGACUUGUGCAGAAGCGACGAUAAAGAGGUGAAAGCCACGCCGGUGGAAAUGAAAGAGGUCCGAAAAAGAAAGAAGCCCUUCUCUGCUGCUGGGGCAAACGAAGAGGAGAAAACAAAAUUAAGGAAAAGGAAGAAACCUUGGAAAGGUCUGUUAAAACUUUUACCACAGCCGGAGCAAGGAAAAUCCCCGAGAAAGAAAACAUCGGCAACCAAGUUUAAAGGUGAAGGCAAAUCAGGAAAAAUUAACAGAAAAGAAUCAAAGAAAUUGAGUAAAAGCCAAUCAACAUCGAAGACGCAUCAAGAGAUCGGUAUGAAUGACCUUUACUUGCCACGCACAAGGCUAUUUUACGCCUCAAAUCUCUCACAGAAACUUUCCAAGAAACAUGUGAUGGAGGCAACGCCCGUCAGUAUGAACGGAGCUCGUAAGCUUGUUCAUCGCAUCUUUCUGGAGGGAAGCUAUGUUGGAAAUGGUAAAAGUGAUGUCCAAAAUGCCAAGAACGCGACAGGAACCUCGAGCAACCAAAAGCAAACACCAACCAAGAACGAAAAAGUUACCAAGGGUGGUCAAAAUGCCAAGAACGCGUCAGGAGUUUUGAGCAACCAUAAACAAACACCAAGCAAGAAAAAGAAGCCAUUCCGUCUGCCAAAGAGACUAAAGAGAAUAGUCCCCAUCUUUUUGAUAUUCCUGGCCAGACAUCGAAAGUGUCCUUUCCAGGUUCUGUUGAAGCAUCAUUGCACAUUCAGUGAGAGGAGAGCACGAGUGAUAAAGAGUGGCAAGAAGAAAGGACGCCUCUUCAGCACUCCUAAGACAAAGAUGUGGAGCAAACGUCGUUUGAAAAGACAUGGCUCGAAGGUUGUUAAACGCCCGCCUGGUAAGAAGAAAAUCAAAGUUGAUGUGUUGGUUUAUCGACAUGCUGUCAGCAACUACACGAGGCAUGAUCAGGUAAGGCAGUCUUGGAUAUCUGUAUUCUAUGCCGUGGAUUCUGGAUACCAGCUACUGGAUUUCGAAUUCCAAGGCAUUAGUGGUAUUCCGAACUCCUUGAGCUGUAUUCCGGAUUCCAAAGCCAAGGAUUCCGGAUCCAACGAGCAAAAAGAUCUCGGAUUCCGAAUUCCACACGCAAAAAUUUCUCGCAUUCCGGAAUCCUGAUUUUCCUACAUGGGCGAAAUCCUGGUUCUCACAUACCGCAAGAAAGAAAGAAGCCCCCCCAUCCUAAUAAGGCUCUGUUGCUUGAUUUUUCUGCAUCCCCAACAUUGCCCAAUGCGUGUCCUUGCUGCUAAUUAACCACCAACAAAAAUUUUGAUUUAUGCCGCAGGUUAUUCGUUUUCUGGAGUGUGUCUGUCACAAGGUCGUUCCAAAGGAGCUGUGGGGAUGUCCACACAAUAAGAGAACGUUUCUUCGUAAUUUAGCGAAGUUUCUUCGACUUCAUCGCGGUGAAAAAUUUUCUCUGGGACAGGUGAUGGAGGGCAUCAAGGUUUCAAAGUGUGAGUGGCUCAAGAUGAAAGCAGAGGACAAAGGCAAAUUUGUACCACUGUCUGAUUCACGAAAGCAACAGCAGCUUCUCUCGCAGUUUAUCUGGUGGUUUGUCACGCAGUAUCUUAUGCCUUUAAUCAAAAGCUUUUUUUACAUCACAGAGAGCGGAACCAACCGCCAAAGAAUUUUCUAUUACAGAAAACCAGUGUGGAGGAAGAUCCAGCAGUUUGGUAUAAACAUGUUAUGCGGCGAAUUCUUUAAGCCGUUGAAGACGAAAGAAGCCGAAAGGCUACUCAGCAGCAAAUCAUCUUUGGGUUUUUCUCCGCUAAGAUUUAUACCCAAGAGCUCAACAGUACGUCCCAUUACCAACAUGAAACACUGUCCGUCAAUCAAGGAACCAACCAACGCCCAGAAACAGCAGUCUAUCAACAGGAAACUUCAGAAUUUGUUUGAAGUGCUGAAAUUCGAGAAGGAGCGGAAUGCGAAGAGCCUGGGAGCCACCUUGUUCGGCAAUGACGAUCUUUACCGAGUUCUGAGGCCGUUUGCCGAGCGUGUGCGCGAGUAUUUGGACGGAAAACCGCUAUUCUUUGUUCACGUGGACGUGAAACAUUGCUACGAGUCCAUCCCACAUCAAAAAUUGUUUGAUAUCAUGAAGGGAAUGUUUGAGGAGGAGGAGUACUUAAUUCGACGCUUUGCAUUGUUACGAAUGUCUUCGGGCAAGGUUUUCAGGCAAGUUUUGCGUCAAAUGUUACGGUCCCGUUUAAUUUAUGGGAAAAUAUUAAAAGGAACUUCUCUGAUGGAAUUUGCACCUUUUUUGAUUUUCCAGGGAAUUUUACAAACACGUUAGCAACGUAGAUGACUGCCGUUCGUUUCCAGAUUUCUUCCAGUCCUUGAUAACUGCGUGGAAGCUGAAGCGAAACGUAGCAGUGGAUCAAGUAUGGUACCUAACGGAGGACCGCGACAAACUGAUUAACUUGCUAAAGGAGCAUGUCUUUAACAACAUCGUGAGAAUUGGAAACAACUAUUAUCAACAAAUAAGGGGUAUGUAUUCGCUGAAGAAGUACCAUUUCUAUACGAUUUCUUUCUUUGUUUUGGUCGCACAGGUCGUAAGGUUCAACGUUCCUUCGCACUUCGUUCUGUACAAAUAGGAAGAUAUUUUUCCAAGCUUGGCACCCCUCAUAAUGAUUCCUUUGAUCUCUUUUGUUGCGGUGUAGACUUUGCGCCUUUCACCUGCUUGUUAUCAGUUCCAUGUUUCCCGCGCUUGGCAAUGUUUUUAAUGUUUCUUCGCUUGGCGAUGUUUGUAAUAUUUCCCACGCUUGGUAAUCGGUGUAAUGUUUUCCCGCGCUUGGUAAUGGGUGUAAUGUUUUCCCUCGCUUGGUAAUGGGUGUAAUGUUUUCCCGCGCUUGGCAAUGGUUGCAAUGUUUCCCGCACUUUGCAGUGGAUGCAUUCCUUUCCUCGUUUGGUGAUCUCUUCUCUCUCCAUUAGUGCUCCAUUUUACUGGUAUUUAAAGCUACACGGAAAAGGGAGAAGUCGAAAGAAGGAUUUAUGGUCACACCUGAGAAUGGAACUCGGGACGUCCCGCACAGAAGGUCGCCCACUAACCAUCUGUCGUAAUCCUUAAACGCACGUUUUAUUUCCCUUCGUUUAGGGAUAGCGCAAGGGUCCAUCUUGUCCACAAUGCUUUGCGGCUAUUUCUACAGUGACAUGGAGAAGACUCACCUUUCAGAGAUUUCCCAGGAUCCCGACUCCCUUUUACUUAGAUGGGUGGACGACUUUCUAUUCAUCACUCCACACAAGAUCCUGGCCUCCAAGUUCUUAAAUGUCAUGCAUAACGGAAUACCUGAGUAUGGCUGCUUUAUAAAUCGUGAGAAAACGCUGACCAACUUUGACGCAGUCACCGACGAUGGAGAGCAAGUGAAGAAGGUUUGCGCGAGCACAAGAUUUCCAUGGUGUGGUUAUCUUUUUGAUACAGUCACACUCGAAGUUCGUUGCGAUUUGUCGCGAUAUACGGGUGAGUCACGUGGUUAAUGUACUUUUCUCGUGAUUGACAUAUGCUGUGUCGGGAGCGGUGUGAAAUAUCACUCACUGUCCUAUUGGUCAAUUGUCAUGACGUCACCGGUAGAAUUUUCGACCAGUGAAUUUCGCGCCAAACAGGCAUAAAAAGUCCUUCAAAAUGGCAAAACCAACCAUGAAAAAAAAUAGAGGACAUUUAGAAAGUCUACCCGGGUAGGCGGGUGCUCCUUCUACCCUGGACAACUUUUCUUCAUAUAAACGGGACCUAAGACAACUAAAUAAACGCCCGUGCGGCUUCUAGUUCUUUGUUGGAGAUGCUCACUGUUUCUUUGCCAUCCAUAAAGGACUCCCUUUAAGGGACACUUUAUCAGUGGCCUUGGACGCGCAUCCUGGUCAAGCCCUACGCUGGAAGCUCCGCUAUUCAGUGCGCCCGAAGUGCCAUCCAUUACUUUUGGACAAUAAUCUGAACUCGCGCGGGACCGUUCUUUUGAAUGUGUACCAGUUGUUUCUGCUAACAGCGUACAAGUUUCACACCUAUGCUAAAGAGCUGCCAAAGGGUGAGUGUUCUUUGUUUAGCUUAAUAGUAGUGAUGAUGAUGAUGAUGAUGAUGAUGAUGAUGAUGAUGAUGAUAGUAAUUGCAAUUCCUUUUUAUACCCUUAGCAGUAUUCAUAGCGCAAAGGCUAGUGGGGCCGAGCCCAGUCAUAUUCGGGUGGAUAAAAUGCCGAACCCCUCGAACACGCGUCAAACGCUCCAUUAUCUGCCAAAGUGCUUUCCGUCCAACCCUUGACUGACUGGUAAAUUCUAGCAUAAGCUGCACGCUCUCCAUUAAAUUUUUCCUCGUGAAAGAGUUCCAACCUUCGAAAUGACCCAUGUUGGCCUGAUAUAUAGAUGAUAUUUGAUAGCUGCGCGGAGGUAAGAAUUCUCUCUUCCAGUGCUGAGAAAUAUUUGACGCGUGAACGUAAACUAUUAAGUAUUUUUCAACACGAGAAGAGAAACUUCGAAUAAAAUUAAUUAUAUGAACACCAAACAAAUAUCAAACCAUUUCACUGCAAAAUGUUUUUGGCUGCGAAAGUGCGAUUCAUUAUGCUACCAUGUCAUCGGUAAUAUUUUCACGCGUGAAGAUAUUACACAGAUUAAGAGUCACGUUAACCACGGCAAACGUGAAUUUGUACCACGUGACCAAGUUUCGCCUUUAAUUGUGCUUUACUUUUCAUUGCUUCUACCCCGAUAAAAUUAGUACCUUCACGUUAUUUUUGUCUAUAACAACUGUUUUGGACUGUUUUUAGUUGCACGUUUUUUAUUUUGAGAAAUUCUCAACUUGAAUCUGAUGUUUGCCGUUUGCUUAAACGCGCUCUAAAUCACUCUAUUUACAGUCACGUUAACGGCAAACGACAAACGUGACCAAGUUUUCCCUCAACUUGUGCUUUACUGAGCAUUACUUCUACCCCAAAAUCAGCAGCUUCACGUUAUUUUCGUCUAUAACAACUGUUUUGGACUGAGCUGCACGUUUUCUAUUUUGAGAAAUUCUUAACUUGAAUCUGACGUUUGCUGUUUGCCGUAAACGUCACUCUAAUUCUCUUUAUUAUUUUUUGGCGGGAAAGCUCACCUGGUAUUUCAUUUGUGUUUAAAUAAUAAGCUCACUAACCGGAACCCUUGAUCUCUGGAUAAACAUUCGUUAAUUGGUCUUGUACCAGUUGCCUCAAUUACAAUCUUUCCGAAAGGUUUUUGAACGUACACAAGCAGUAGCUGAGUCAACCCAAAAACUUUCCUUUAGAUGGUGUCGUUGAUGGAAGGAAGUCCUUACCAGACAAUAUUCCUUUCUUAGGCCGAUUCUUCUUAAGACAACUGGAGCUAACACCUUAUUCUGGCUUGACUAAUGAGUAAGAAAUAGGAAAAGAAGAAGUAACUAACAGGUUUUGAAUUCCCGGUGGGGGGGGGGAGGAAUUCCCUAUGAUGGCCUAUACGGGGAGGCUCCGCCCGAAAGGGGUACCUUUGUCAGUCUUCAGGUAUAUGAAAGGGUACGGUAGGGUUUUCACAAGUCGAAGUAUAGGAAAAGGUAGGGAAAUUUGUCAUUUGGGUCUGUGAGAGGAUCCAAAAGGGCUAACAGAUGAAUUUUAUGGCUUUAAAAAGUCGAAAAAGCGUUCUAUUUUUGUGAUUGAUUGCUAUUUAAAAGACAGUGCAUUCACAGCAGUUAAAGGGGAUGCAAAGUUCUAAACAAGGUGUGUGAAAGGGGCACCAUUUGUCAGUAGAAGGUACACGAGAGUUGUACCUUUUUCGUGAAAACAGGUUUAUAAAAGGGUAAGGGGUUGGAUAGUCUCCCUCGUAGCCGUUUUUAGUAUCGUCACGCAACGCUCCUCCCCACGUUGCGUGACGAUACUAAAAACGGCUGCGAGGGAGACUAGGGGUUGGACCUCGUGGCAGAGCCUCCCCGUAUAAACAUUUGUUGAAUACCCUCCGGCUUUGAAUGUCCCUUCGGUGAGGCAGAUAAAACUAAUCUUCUGUUUACGUUACACAACUGGACUAGACAAAUCGUAUCAGGGUAAUAGCUUAAUGUUUUGGUUUAACAAAGGGGGCUGAUCAAAAACAUAAUUUUUAUCGAUAUUGCUCUUAAAGGUAACCACCUGCCUAGAUCCCAUCAUGUUCCCAUGGUUACUAAAUUUACAAUGUGAAAUAAACAAGCAAACAUGGCACAAUCUCAAGUGCGUCUAAAAUUAGAAGAAAGACCAAAAUGGCAAGAAUUUCACUUCUCAACAAAAAUUAUAAACAAGUUACAAUCAACAGAAUUCAAAAUGUAUUUCACGUUUAUUGCUCAGCUGCAAGUGGUAUCAGACUGCAAAAUGGAAUUGUUUUGGGGAAGCCUGCGCACAGCAGACGUAUUUCCGGUCGUCGCUUCUCUCCCUCUGAAAAAUAUGGAGAGAAGCGACGACCGGAAAUACAUCUGCUGUUCGCAGGCUAAAAGCUGGAUCGAAGUAGACCAAUUUCGAUAUAUUUAAAUUCAUACUUGGCUCCAAAGAUUGGGGGAAUAAAGCAAAGAAAUGUGUUAUUCUUUGCUGUUCCUCAAGAUGACUUCAUUUUUUAUGCCUCGGAGCCUCGAAGCUAAAAACAUUCUUUAAAAUACAUCAAAUUGAUUCGUCCCUCAAAACACUCCCAUAGUGCACUUCGAGACAACAACGACCCUUUCUCUCCUCAACCUCAAAAUAGACCGUUUCCGCAUGUCGUCACGGCGGCCAUCUUGGUGUCCCAAAACAGUGAAACAGCGGCCAUGUUAAUGUCCCAAACCGAUCCUGUGCGAGUUGAAAACUUUUCUUAAGUAAACACUUUUUUUGUUCCAAUAAAUUUGCGUAGAUGCUGACCACGUGAGUGAAAACGCUCUAUCGCCAAUAAUAAGCAGAUAUAAGAUCCACUUUUAUGAGGCCUGCUAUUAAAUAAUUUCCCGGUGGAUCAAUAGAGCUUUUGUGUAAUGUUUAGUACCGAACUGGAGUGUUUAUCACGUUUAAAGCAUAAGUUGUAGCCUGGCAGCUGGGCAAUUAUAUAAACUGGAAACAGUGAGCUUCUUAAACUUAACUUUUCCGUUCAUCUGGUCGUUUGCCUUAAAAUCCCUAGGUUUGGGAUUAUUUUGGCUGAGAAAUUAAAAGGAGAACCGAAACAUUUUUCAAUCAGACAUUGAGACGAUCAUAAAGCAUCUUUUCCUUCUCUAGUCAUUCGUGAAUUGUUAGACGUUUACGAGCUUUUUCUUACUAACUACUGGCGAAUCGCCUGCACUUUCUUCCAAGACAAUUUUUCAUUACAUAAAUUUCCUUUAAAUGACUUUUCGCUCUCUUUUCAUUUUUUAUGUAUUUCUAAAUGAAGGUACAUCAAACCAAUAUCCAAAAGCUUCUUUCCUUUUGAAAAUUGUCAACUCCAUAAUGCACUAAUAUUGUCCGGAAAAAAUUAAAAGCACUUUUAUCUAUUUUUUUUUUUUUAAUUCUACUUUGCUGUAAGCCCAAUAUAGUAAGCGAAACGUGCGUAGUUAACGCUGUGAAAAACGUUUUCAUUUUUUCUCGUACUACGUCGGCCAUCUUUGAAUAUUACGGAUUUGUCGAUUUCAAGCUAACCUGUAAUCAAAAGUGAUUUUCUUUCCAUUUAUUUUACGAAACAAGCUGUUAAUUCAUUAUGGUUCAGUUUACAUAUUCAUAGCCUGUUGCUGGACAUUUGUUGACAUAGAUAUUAUAUCCGCAAAUAGCCAGACCAGGUGUAAGUCGUUUGUUAACGCAUUGUCCAUGAAAGAAAAAGCUUUUAUUGAAUGUUACGCUUUCAAAUGCAAGCGAUGCCGUGUCUGUUUUUCAAAAAACUUAAUGGUUUCUCAUUGUUUUGGCGCAGCAACACAUAUCCUUUCUAUUCUUGUAUCGGCCGAAGCUUUUUUUCGGAUAAUAAGGAUAUCAAAUGGUUGUUUUGCUAAUUUAUACUGCAAAUUUAGAAUACUUACUUUCUUAAAGCAUAAUUCCGGUUGUCUCGGAUUUUUUCCAUUUUCCAUGGGUCUAAAUGAAGUAAAAAUGAACUGUCAAAAUCCUUCUUUUGUAGGGAAAAUGUUUCAAACGGAAAAAUUUAUGUUUUUCAAUAGGAGCCGAGUGUCAUUAACUGGAAUUAUUUUUGGGAAAAAAAGGGUGUGGGGUUUUAACAGGUGUUGCCUAAAAGCUGUGGGUUUUUUUUUAUUAAAGCAAUUUUAAUUUUUAUUAUGAGACUCAGCUCGGCCCCGCGACUUACUAUUGUGAUUUGUUAUUGUGAGUUUUAUUUUUGGAAUUCUGGAUAGUGAAGUGAAAAGCGAACGCGGAUUUGAAACAUAUCCUGAUCCCCUGAUCUGAUAAAGAACGUUAAGCGACAAGUGACAGUAACCAAAAUACGGAUUUCUUGCCAGUUAUACCCGGUUCAAACGUCGCAUUUCACAUGUGCCUAAUUUAACGCUACAUGAGGAAUAAAAUAUUGUUCAUUCUCACUCUCAUUCAUUUUCAUGCAUAUGCAUUAGAUUCGGCACAUCUGAAAUGCAAACUUUGAACCGGGCCUAGCUACUACCCAUUGAAACCGAGCGUUACAAGAGACUGUGCUCCUUUCGUGGGUCAUCCGAAAUCGGUGUAGCCUGUAUAACAGAUGUUACUAUUUCGCGUUUUUCAAGCAAGUGAAGGCAAUCGCCAAGCAAGCGAGGAGCGCCAGACACGCGCGAUGGGAAGAGCUCCUUCCCCUUCCCGCGCGUCUGUUAUGCAGGCUAAAAUCGGUGAUGUUUUUCGUCAAUUGUGGAAAUGUUAUCACUCUACUUUUUCUCGUCUAAGGGGUAUCUCCUCGGAGAGCCUUUAUUGGGUAAACAAUAAUUUCAUGAAUAUGUCCUACAAGCCAAUAUCUUUACAUCUCUUGACCAUGAACGGUGAAAAAAUUGUUAAUCUAAGCGCCCCUUCUAUUGAAAAUAUUCCGAAUUGUUAUAAAUUUGAACUUCAGCAUUCGUUAAUACGAGUUACUCAGAAGCCAUACAUAUCCUUUUAGUUUUCUGUGUUUUUGCUUCUUUUCAAAUGUACCAAGAGGGCGGGCAACUUUCACCAGGCCCUAAAUAGCCUGUGCCAGACGGGCGAACGAACGAAAAACGGCGGGACGAGAGAGAAAGGGAGAACCUGUAAGCAUCUUUUUAAAUACCUCAGUCCGCCCACUUCCAGAAAAACCGUUUGUCGUGUCAAAAUCGCAAUUGUCAAAAUUUGCGUGUAGGAGGGUUUCGUACGCUCGCCGUGCUUGUUAGACUCUGCGCGUGCGAAGCCUAGUGAUUGACGUAAGUGUUGACUUAAACUGUUAAAAUUGAUUAAUCACAGGGUGUACCAGAAGCUGGCAUACCGGAAUGAAGUAUUGAAAACAAUGCUUACAGGCCCCACUUCCCCGUCUCCACCCAGCCCCCGCGCGACUUUGGCGCAACUUUUCUCGAUCCGUUUUUCCUACAGUCUUUGAGCCUGGAACAGGCUACGCCCUUAGUAUAUUUUGAUGCUCAUCCCCACGUUAAACUCGCUACAUUUGCCAACGUGGCCGCCCUUAAGUGCUAACGAUCUUGACUAAAAAUAGACGAAUGUGAGACUACAAUUGUAUUCAGGCGAUUUUGGUCGCCCCAGUCCGGUUCGGAUUGCCCUGCAUCGUAUCAGAGGUGUUUCCAUACAAUCAUCUUGAUUGCCUAAACUCAUCUUGAGACGAACAGGUGCUGACGUCAAUUUAGAAGAUCCCUACGAUUAGUUGGGACGAUGCAGAAAAUUGCCCGAACAAUCUAGGAGGUCAAGCUUUAAAACGCCCGUUUACAUUGAGUACAGCAUAACAAUCAGUACCGCAGCUGAGAUCACCGACAGGGCCACGGAAAAAUAAUUUACUGCAAUAGUCACACAAAUAACAGAACUUUAUGAAUUCAUAUUUGUAGUUCACAGUGAGAAUCAAACAUGUUAAUGAAGUUUUUCUUUUCUUUGUCUUUUUUAGGGCGCCAGCCGAAGGAUAACCCUUCAUUCUUUUGCGGUUUACUGAUUGAUGUUGCACAGUACUUCCAUUCGACAAGUUUGCGCAAGUCUCGACAGCUAUCCCCUGAUAACGCCGCAUUUUCGUUGGACGAAUAUGAGGUCACGUGGCUGUGUUUUCACGCCUUUCGCACGUGCUUGCAGAGAAAGCAGUCCAGGUAUAGGGAACUCUUGAGGUUUCUCAAAAUGGGAUUGUCGCGUCUUUGGAGAGGCAAUCAGGAACUGAAGAAUGUCACAGCCAUCUCGGAACACGCAGUAUUCAAAAACAUUCGUUGA